AUGGCGGCGGCUGGUGGUGGCCGCAUCCGCCGUGUGAAUACUGCUCGGCUGGAGUUCUCUGCGCCGGUGGAUUGGGAACUAGUGGCGGCUGCGCUUUUGGAUGUCCUUCAGGUGGAUAUUAAGGAUCUCCUCGGUCUCGAGAAAUUUUCUCCCACUCGCGUGGCGGUGACGUUUGCCACGUCACCUGGAUAUGAGCGCGACCAGACCAAAGUCAACCAGCCAGGAGAGAGCACCUUCCCGUACCUAACUCUCAGCUCCUGCGUCAGUACCCACCCGCCUACCUUUACUGUACGCUUCACCCACUAUCUUGCUAGUGACGCAAACCAGUACCCGAGACAUCACCCAGUACCAGGCACGAGAUGUCCUCCAGUACCAGGCACGAGACGUCCCCCAGUACCAGGCACGAGACGUCUCCCAGUACCAGGCACGAGACGUCACCCAGCAUCAAGCACGAGAUGUCCCACAGUACCAGGCACGAGACGUCCCCCAGUACCAGGCACGAGACGUCCCCCAGUACCAGGCACGAGACGUCACCCAGUACCAGGCACGAGACGUCCCCCAGUACCAGGCACGAGACGUCCCCCAGUACCAGGCACGAGACGUUCCACAGUACCAGGCACGAAACGUCCCCCAGUACCAGGCUCGAAACGUCCCCCAGUACCAGGCACGAGACGUCACCCAGUACCAAGCACGAGACGUCCCUCAGUACCAGGCACGAGACGUCCCCCAGUACCAGGCACGAGACGUCCCCCAGUACCAGGCAAGAGACGUCCCCCAGUACCAGGCACGAGACGUCGCACAGUACCAGGCACGAGACGUCCCCCAGUACCAGGCACGAGACGUCGCACAGUACCAGGCACGAGACGUCCCCCAGUACCAGGCACGAGACGUCGCACAGUACCAGGCACGAGACGUCACACAGAACCAGGUACGAGACGUCCCCCAGUACCAGGCACGAGGCGUCACACAGUACCAGGCACGAGGCGUCACCCAGUACCAGGCACGAGACGUCCCCCAGUACCAGGCACGAGACGUCGCACAGUACCAGGCACGAGACGUCACACAGAACCAGGUACGAGACGUCCCCCAGUACCAGGCACGAGGCGUCACACAGUACCAGGCACGAGGCGUCACCCAGUACCAGGCACGAGACGUCACCCAGUACCAGGCACGAGACGUCCACCAGUACUAGACACGAGACGUCCCCCAGUACCAGGCACGAGACAUAUCCCAGUACCAGGUACGAGACGUCACCCAGUAACAGGCACGAGACGUCACCCAGAAAAAGGCACGAGAAGUCCCCCAGUACCAGGCACGAGACGUCCACCAGUACUAGACACGAGACGUCCCCCAGUACCAGGCACGAGACAUAUCCCAGUAUCAGGUACGAGACGUCCCCCAGUACCAGGCACGAGACGUCCCCCAGUACCAGGCACGAGACGUCCCCCAGUACCAGGCACGAGACGUCCCCUAGUACCAGGCACGAGACAUAUCCCAGCACCAGGUACGAGACGUCCCCCAGUACCAGGCACGAGACGUCCCCCAGUACCAGGCACGAGACGUCCCCCAGUACCAGGCACGAGACGUCCCCCAGUACCAUGCACGAGACGUCACCCAGUACCAGGCACGAGACGUCCCCCAGUACCAGGCACGAGACCUCCCCCAGUACCAGGUACGAGACGUCACCCAGUACCAGGCACGAGACGUCCCCCAGUACCAGGCACGAGACGUCCCCCAGUACCAGGCACGAGACGUCCCCCAGUACCAGGCACGAGACGUCCCCCAGUACCAUGCACGAGACGUCCCCUAGUACCAUGCACGAGACGUCCCCCAGUACCAUGCACGAGACGUCCCCCAGUACCAUGCACGAGACGUCCCCCAGUACCAUGCACGAGACGUCCCCCAGUACCAGGCACGAGAUGUCCCACAGUAUCAGGCACGAGACGUCCCCCAGUACCAGGCACGAGAUGUCCCCCAGUACCAUGCACGAGACGUCCCCCAGUACCAUGCACGAGACGUCCCCCAGUACCAGGCACGAGAUGUCCCACAGUAUCAGGCACGAGACGUCCCCCAGUACCAUGCACGAGACGUCCCCCAGUACCAGGCACGAGACGUCCCACAGUACCAGGCUCGAGACGUCCCACAGUACCAGGCACGAGACGUCCCCCAGUACCAGGCACGAGACGUCCCACAGUACCAGGCACGAGACGUCCCACAGUAUCAGGCACGAGACGUCCCACAGUACCAUGCACGAGACGUCCCACAGUACCAGGCACGAGACGUCCCCCAGUAUGAGG